CUCGUUACCCCUAAACGAUGGCUCAGGCUGUUGGCCUAGCUUCUAUGCUUCCUGUUGACGAGGACAUGGAGAUGACGGAAUCGGGCACAGAAAAUGCUGCAGAGGUACUUCAUCGAAGUGUCUUCUUCAACGUAUCCAUCGAUGACGUAACGAAACUCUUAUCAGGGGCGUUUCGCGAUACGGGUUCGGGGGAGGUGGCAAAUUUCACAUCAGCGCAAUUAAGGGAAUUUUCUCUGGACUUCAAAGAUAGAAUUGGUCCUUUUCAUUUUGGUGCGGUUUAUCGUGGAAAUAUUAAUGGCAAAACUCCUGGGAGUGUUCUUCUGAAGAUUUGGGAUGAUUACUAUGCAAUAUACUUGGAGACUCGUGAAAAUCCAAACAUAUUCAUUGAUGAAGAAGCAAUGUUCUUGAAGGACAAAGCGAUUGCUUCCCAUCCGAGUUUUCCAAAGGUGAUUGGUAAAUGCUGUUCAGAAAACCUCAGGGGUGUUGUCUAUGAUCUUGAUCCACUGGAUUCCCUGCAAAAUAUGAUGCCAAAAAACAGUUUUGGCUGGGCUCAGAGGAUCAGGGUUGCUGUUAAACUUGCUCAGCUCCUAGAAUUUUUACACUGUCAAGAAAAUCCAUAUGUGGUGCUGAAUCUCAGUGCACAGCACAUAAUGUUGGACCAUGUGAGUAGCACGGUGAUUAGAUAUGGUAAACAUAAGCCAUGCCUGGCAAUGAUUUAUUGUCAUGCUGAUUAUUAUAAUUGCUUUUUCCCUUUGAAAUUAGAUGUUAAACCCAGUGCUCAUUGACUUUGGUUUGCUGAGUGGAGGAGUGAUUGGAGAACUAAGCUUCAUAAAAAAACGUGUAGCCCUACCUCAAGGUUAUGGUGACCCAGAUUACGUAAUGGGUGCUCCUUUGCAUCCGUGUUGCGAUGUCUAUGUUUAUGGCAUGAUACUGGUUGGGAUCAUAGCCAAAAGGAUUGUUAAGGAGGAAGAUCUGGAUAGAUAUGCUCCUGCUCUGGAUUUUUGGGCCGAAAAGGAGUACAAGUCUGGCGUUCCACUUGUCCACAAAAGCCUAGAGUCAGAAUGGGGAUUUCAUGCAACUGAUGCUUCUUCGUUAACUGAAUUGGCUAUGUGGAGCAUGAGAGCAUACGGAGCUGAUCGGCCAACUAUGACACAAGUAGUAGAUCAUUUGAAGAAAUUACAAAUCGUUAAGGACCUAGUAAUUGUGUGAAGCUAAGUCGUAGCCAAUGUCACCUUGGCCCUAGCAGUAAGAAAAUGAAAUAUUCUGUUUACAAAAUGGUAAAGUGGUUGUACCGUAUCUAGUAGUUAAUUUGUUUUAGAUUAUUUGCUUUUAUUCUCUCCGUCUAUUGACUCUAUCCGCAUGUUUAGUACAUAUAGCUGACCUUAGCAUGGUAGUUUUGGAUCGAUA